AUGAUCGAAACGGCUCGAGUGUUAUUCUCGCAUGAGAGUGCACUGAUUGAUGUUCCAAUACCAGUGAUCGUAGUCGGUGAUAUACAUGGACAGUAUGCAGACUUGCAACGGAUUUUUGCGGCUGUUGGACGACCAGGUAGAACACGUUUUUUGUUUCUUGGUGAUUAUGUUGAUCGUGGACCACAAUCUCUCGAAUGUAUUUGCUCGCUUGUUGCCUGGAAAAUUGCAUAUCCAAAAAGGGUAUUUUUACUUCGUGGUAAUCAUGAAUUUGCAUCUGUAAAUCGAGAAUACGGCUUUUAUGAUGAAUUAGCUGCAAGAUUUAGCGUUGGUCAGGCAAUGCGUUUAUGGAAAGAAUUCAACGAUUUAUUUUCAAUUUUCCCAUUUUCGGCUUUAAUUAAGAAUAAAAUACUUUGCAUGCAUGGUGGUCUCAGUCCACAUCUUGAAUCGCUUAAUGAUAUUCGAAAUAUUAAAAUGCCAGUAAUGGAAGUAUUUCCGGAUACACUGGAACAGGAUUUAGUUUGGUCGGAUCCGAAAUUAGACAUUAAAGGUUACGAGCCUAACAAAUUGCGUAAUGUGAGCGUUGCAUUUGGUGAAGAUAUUGUCCAUAAAACGUGUAAACGUUUGAACUUGGAUCUUAUCAUACGAGCACAUCAGGUGAUGGAAAAUGGAUAUGGAUUUUUUGCUGGUCGUAAAUUGGUUACAAUAUUUUCGGCACCAUUAUACGCAGAACUCAAUAAUAAAGGAGCAGUUAUACGCAUUAGUGCAGAGAUGAUAAUCAGUUAUGUAAUAUUAAAUCCUGUAUCGGAGAAAACUGCUGGUAAGGAUAAUUUCCAACGUUCCUUCAAGGAUGAUCAAAGAUCCUAUCGUAUGGAUGAAUCGAAUAACGCUGCAAUGCUACCACAACUUCAAUAA